AUGGCGUCCUACAGUCCGACGUCAUCGCCGACAGUGCAUGUCAACAAAUGGUCCGAACAGCAGGUCGUCGAUUGGCUCUCCUCUGUCGGUCUCACCAAGUAUGCCCGGGACUUCAAGUCGAAUGGCAUCACUGGCGAUGUGCUCGUCCUGCUCGACGAUGAGGCGCUCAAGGAUAUUGGUGUCGUCACCAUCGGUCAGCGUCUCGCGCUCCUCACCGCCAUCUACCAUCUGAAACAGCAAUACGGCAUCCCGAUCCAGGAAGGGGACUGGAUCCCCAAGUCGGUCGAGGCGCAGGAGCAGUCUUCCAGUACGCUUGCAACAGCUCACAUGGCGACUGCACUGCGCCAGCGAGACGAUCGCAUCCGCCUGUUGGAAUCACAGAUCCUUCGACUAGCGGACUACCUCGCUCGCUUUCAGCAGGACAUGGCGUCAGUAGCGCGACACGUCGGCGUUAAGGCGCACUCGAUAGACACUCCCAUCACGCUGGUGUCCAACUCGUUCUACUCUCAAAAUCCAUCCGAAGGCAGCGCCAACUCCAUGUCUGCCUUUGGCUCCAAUCCUGAUUUGGCUUCCACCGCCGCGUCAAGCGUGCCUCACCACGACUCGCCCAAUUCCCGCAACUUCGCUGGCCUCGUCUCCCCCACCCGCACUGGCUUCUCGUACAAUGCAGGGCACGGCAUGAGCGGCUUCAGGCCUACCACCGCAACAUCUGGCAGGUCCAACAGUAUCGGUGGCCACUCGCCCAUGACGCCGACCACCUCUGCUGCACACCUGUACGCCGCCAACUCUUCCAACAACUCGGGCGCAGGGGAUCUCUCGCCGACGCAGCCCGCGCCGCCCGCCUUGCCAUCUCAGUCUGGCUACUCACAACAGGCGCAGCCCUUGAGCGCAGGGUUCACUUCAUCUAUGGUGAGCCCGACGCGUCGACUUGCUCACCAGAACUCGCUGGCGCAGCCAGACUCGGCAGUCUCGUCUCGGCCCCGCGCUGGUUCGUUGGGCGGAGGCAACGCCUUCCCGUCUUCCACCUCGUCUCCUUUCGGUAGCAGUGCUCAUGGCAGCGGUGGCCACGUCGGAAGCAAUGGCAGCGCAUCAGGCAGCGCUUCAGCCGGCAGUCCCUUGUUGGAUCGCGACCCCCGCAAGGAUGCAUCCAGCAACCCAUCGUCCGAGCCGAACCCGAAGGCGGGCGCCGCGGCAACGUCAACAUCGUCCGCAUCGGCUGCAGUCGCCAACAUGGGCUCGUCGGACAGCAACCCGUACAAGUCGUUCCGCGUCACGCUCGACGAUCCGUGCUACAAGGUCCUCCCUGCGGCGCUCAAGAAGUACAAGAUCAACGACGACUGGCGCAAGUACGCGCUCUUCAUCUGCUACGGCAAGACCGAACGGUGUCUGAGUUACGACGAGAAGCCGCUGCUGCUGUUCCAGAAGCUGAAGGAGAAUGAGCAGAGUCCGGUGUUCAUGCUUCGGCACAUUCGGGAUGUCAAGUCGCCCAUCGCCAUUGCUGAGGCCAAGGCGACUAGCAAGCAGCAGGAGAAGGAAGGCGAGGGCAAGACGAGUCCCAAGAAGGGCGCUGCGCCGAGGGCCGAUCGACGUCGGGUCAUUGCUGGCGCGCCGCCGGCGGGUGCCGUGGUGACCAAUGCAAGCAACCCGGUAGAGGUUGGGCCGGCAGCAGAGGUUCCCGAGCGCAACAAGGUGGCGAGGACGUACGCGGUAGCCAUCUACCCAUACAUGCCCGAGCGCGACGACGAGUUUGACGUCAACGUCGGCGACACCUUCGUUGUCAUCAACAAGGCUAAAGGCUGGUGGAUCGUGCAGCGCGAUGCAAAGGGUGACGGCGCAGGCGAUAUUGUCUACAGUGUACCUGCCAGCGAGAUGGGCUCGGACGAAGACGACGGGAUCACCUAUUCCAACUACCGCGCGGAGCACUCCUCUGGCUGGGUGCCCGCCGGCUGUCUUCUCGAAACAUCUCGACCGUUGGGCAGCAUCGUCGACGCCGACGCCAACUCCUCGCGCUCAGGACCGAGCACGAUCUCAAAUCCAUCCACGCCGACCAUCUCGCCAGGUGGUGGCAAGAUGGACUCCAAACGCGCCGCUAUCCCGCCGAGCCUGAUCACGAGCACCAGCACACCCGGCGUGAUGCUCAUGGACUACCUCAGCGCAGAGGGCGACCUGGAUCUUCGGAAGGAUGAGAGGCUGAGGGUGUUCAAACGGUACAAUCACUGGUCGUACUGCGUUCAGGAGCGGGAUGGACAUGCGAGAGGUUGGGUACCCAGUUGGUACAUCGGCAAGCUGCCGUCAACGGGGACGGCCGGAAGCGGGGGACUGGCAAAGUCACCAAGCGGCAAGGCGCUGUCUACUGUGGCUAGCCUGGAUUCGAGGUUCACAGGCGAUAUUGGCGGGGCGGGGGCUGGGUCGCCGUCGUAUGACGGUGGGCAGGACCGGGGAGCGGCCAUGGCAACUGGUUAG